UAGGCUGCGCGGCUGCCCCACCCAGGGUGUCAGAGCCCCGCCCGCCGGCUCUCAACGAGCCGGAGGAGAAACUGCCCGCGACCGCUCUGCCCUCGUGCCGUCCCUGCCUCCGGCUAUGAGCCGCAGGCGCCUGCCCCGAGGGCAGCUGCUGCUGCUGCUGGCCCUGCUGUGCCCCCCGGUCCGCGGUGACUGCAACCUACCCCCAGAAGUACGGAAUGCCCAGCCAGAUUUGAACGGGAGUACAAGUUUUCCCGAGCAAAGCUUUGUGACCUAUAAAUGUGACGAAGGUUUUCUAAAAAUUCCAGACAAGGUAGACACCGUGACCUGUCUUGAAAAUGGUCAAUGGUCUGACAUUGAAGAAUUCUGUGGUCGUAGCUGUAAUGUUCCAACUAGACUGGUUUUUGCAUCCCUCAAAAAGGAAUAUAUCACAAAGAAUUUUUACCCAGUUGGUUUCACCGUGGAAUAUGAGUGCCGGCCAGGGUUUCAAAGAACUUCUUUUUCAUCAGGAAAAUCAACUUGCCUCCAAAAUUUAGAAUGGUCUGAAGUUGAUACAUUUUGUAAAAAAAAAUCAUGUCCUAAUCCUGGAGAUAUACAAAAUGGUAAUAUCAACAUAACAACUGACAUGUUAUUUGGUUCACAAAUCUUCUUCUCAUGUAACACAGGGUACAAAUUACUUGGCGCCGAUUCUAGUUUCUGUUCUGUUGUAGGGAAGACUGUUGCCUGGAGCGAUCCAUUACCCACAUGCACAGAAAUUUUUUGUCCAGAACCACCAGAAAUUGACAAUGGAAUAAUUAAAGGGGAAAGUGAGAAUUACGUUUAUGGUCAGAGUAUAUCCUAUGAAUGUGACAGAGGGUUCAUCCUUGUUGGAAAGAGCUCCAUUUAUUGUACUGUAAAAAAUAAUGACGGAGAAUGGAAUGACAUGCCACCUGAAUGCAAAGAGAAAUCUCUAACUUCCAAGGUCCCACCAACAGUUCAUAAACACACCACAGUUAAUUUUCCAAGUACAGAAGUUCCAUUGAUGUCUCAGAAUCCAACCACAAUUAAUGUUCCAGCUACAAAAAUCCCAUCGGCAUCUCAGAAACCCAGUACGGUUCAUGCUCCAGCAACACAGCAUGUACCUGUUACCAGGCCAGCCAAGAAGUUUCAUUCAACAAGAACAUCUACCACACAGAAGGAAAUUUCUACUUCUGAUGCUGAUGAUCUUAUAUAUGGUAAGUUUGACUCUCAGGGAGUUAAAAGAAAUUGUCACCACUGUGGGAGGCACAAUCCAUAUUUCUGGAAGAGAAUCUUGUCUUUUAACUGUCUCAGGAAAACUAUCAAAAUACAGUGUUUAUGGACACCUAAGGGAGAACGGGUAAAUGCACUUUAUCAGGGUGUUUUGUGGACACCAUUAGGCACUCAGUAUGUUUCCUCAUAUUACCAGCACUGUUCUUGUUCUAAGGCACUUUUCGGACAGCUUCAGAUUGUUUGGCCCGUCAGUCAGGUAGUGUUAUAUGCUCGUUGUCUUGGUAAGUCAUUCUAGGGACUGAAGAGUCACAGGAAGGAAACAAUUAUCAAUGCAGUUUCUACCCUAAGUGUUUUAUAAUUAAUCAGAACUACUCUUUGAGCAGUUUUCGAUCUGUGCCUUAACCCUGAUGAGGCCAAGAGUUCUACUUUUGACUAUAUCUUUCCUCCAUCUCUAUUAAUCAUUUUAAGCAAAGUUCUCUUAAAAUACAUUCUCUUGUUGCCAAUGUAUUCAGCUAAAAAUAUAUGUGUUGCAGUUUUCUCUAGCAUUUGUUCAGUCUUUUUCUUUGUCCAUAAAUAUAUUACUUAAUAUUAAAUAUUAACAAGAUUCACAAACCAUGUUCUAGUUUGCUUCUCUAUUGCUGUGAUAAACACCAUGAUCAAAAUCAACUUAGGGAAGAUUUUAGCUUAUGAACUCCCAGGCUGUAAUUCAUCACUGAGGGAAGCUAGGGCAGGAACUGCAGGAGCUGAAGCAGAGACCAUGAAGAGUGCUACCUACUAGUUUGCACCACCUGCCCAGGAAUGGCACUGCCCACAGUGGGCUAGGCCCUCUGCUGUCACUCAACAGCCAAGAAAAUGCCCCACAGACAUGGCCUGAAAUAAAUUUACUUUAAAUUAAAGAAUAUCAUGAUUUAAUGAUUUAAUGUUUUCAAAAGUUUUGAGUUGAACUUAUGACUCUUUCUGACCUACUCAGUGGUAUUUAAUAAGGAUCUGAGAUUUUUUUUACCAUUUUUUGAAAUUAAUUUACUUUUAUAGUGCUGGGGAUCUAAUUCAGGCCUUGUAAAUACCAGACAAGAGCUCUAAUACGGAAUAUCACCCCUUUUAUUUUCCUGUCAAAUUCUUGAAGUAUCUAUCUUGUGAUUUCCCAGGAAACUCUCUUUAGAGUGGGUUGUAAUUUACUUGUGUUCAGAACUCUUUCCUUCUUAGACAUAUGGAAAAAAAGUUUUCACAUGUAAUCUUUUAAAAUAAACUUGAAAAUUAUGUCUUAAAUUUAUUUUGUGAAUCAGGUAUUAUCUCACUUUAAGAUGAGUAAAUUGUAUUGCAAGUAAGAUGUUUAUUCAUUUAUGUUUUCUUUAUGACUAAUUGGGAGCGUUUUUCAUUAACUUUUUUAAUGACCACACAAAGAAGUGACUGUCACUGUGGAAUUUGUAUGCAUAUAUAUUAUUAAACUUUAUUCUUAUUCACACCCCCCAAUGGUCCUCCCUGGGAAAAUACUUUUAAUGAUUAUGCAAGUGUAAGUGUAAGUGAAUGAUGACGGUAUCAGAAAUUUUCAAUUUUUUUUCUUAUCUAAUUCUUUUUAAAAAAGAUAUAGAAACCAUUAGACAUUCUUCAUUUGGCUUAUAAGUGCCACUGGUGUAAAAUUUAAAGAUGUUCUUGCUCUGACUCUUUAUCAGUCCCCCCCCACUUCUCUCUCUCUCUCAUUCUUGCUUUCCCUCUGACAUUAAGCAUUUUUCCAUAUCAUCUCCCAUGAAAUAUUAAUUCCACCCAUAUACUUUAAAUCAGUUUAUGUUAUUUCUUUAUAUCCAUAUAUUUUACAUAUAUAAAAAUAAUUGCUUUCAGUCGGGUGUAGCUCAUGCCUGUAGUCCCAGCACUUAAGAGGCAGAGGCAGGUGGAUCACUAUGAGUUCAAGGCCAGCUUGGCCUACAUAGUGAGUUCCAGGCCAGCUGAGGCCUGUUUCAAAAAAAAAAAAAAUGACAGCAAAAAAUAAUUGUUUUCACUCUCUUGGAAUAUCUGCCCUUUACAUUUCCAAAAAUUUUUUUUUCUCAUUUGAUCACCUUCAAUAAAUAAGUACAGUGCUAGGUAAAUAGGAGAAGGUGCUUAGUAACAGUUUUUUGUUUGUUUGUUUUUAAAGUCAAUAUCAUGUAGAAGAAAAUGAAAAAAAAAAACUUGUGCUUAGGAGUCAGUCAGACUGGUUUGAAUAUGGCCUUUUCAUUUAAUAAAUGCUCACCCCCCCCGAAAAAAAUACUCAGUCUCAGUUUUCUCAUCUCUGAGACAGACCAUGAUCAAAAGUCCUAGCCGGGCAACACAGGAUGAAUAAAUAUUAGAUUCAAGAAAUCAUAGUGUGCAGUCACCAUUAUUUUUCUAAGAUGUGUGGUGGCAUUAUCAUUCCCCCUGACUAUGUCAAAGAAUGAGCACAGGUCCUUCUUCAGUAAUCCUUGCAUGUUUGCUGUGUGGUAAGACUGUAUUGAAUUUUUUACAGUUUCUUUCUCUCCUCAUAAUGCUGGAAUGUGUUCUCUGUUUUGCUUUUUUUUCUAAGCUGAAAGAAAUAAACAUGUUUUCCUUUU